AAGGCCGGUUAGUAAGAACAGUCGAAGCUGACACACUAUAGCGUCGCGUCCGUAAAGCAGGAACUUCCGUCGAAAUAGAAGCGAAUUGAACUACCUUUACGCUUCGUGAAUUUCAUAUUAUCUCCCAUUCGCCAUGCUCGAUCCUUGCUCGAGCGGAACGAUCGGAUUAAGACGCGAAGGAGCAACAUAGAGGGCGUAAUUUUCCUGUAUGCACGUCCCUGAAGUACUGAAUACGAUUGCUGAUUUGACUAAUGUACCAACGGAAGUGACGCGAGUCGCUUCGUUACGUUUACAUUCUGUUCUCGACGUCGCGUUCAUUGUGGGGAGCCAUUACCCUCGUCCGCGCUAAGCAUCGUGCCAUAUUCCCAUUCGCGCCCUAAUACUAACAACAUUCUCGUAGUUUUAAGUGAAAUAUUAUGAGAGUGAAGACCGAAAUGGACGACGACGAAAAGGGAAAGUUGUUUGUUGGUGGUUUGUCCUGGGAGACAACACAAGAAAAUCUUCAACGUUACUUCGGCCGUUAUGGCGAAGUAAUUGACUGCGUUGUUAUGAAAAACAGUGAAUCUGGUCGCAGUCGUGGUUUUGGAUUUGUAACAUUUAGUGAUCCAGCUAAUGUUCCAUUAGUUCUUCAGAAUGGACCACAUCAACUUGAUGGGCGCACAAUUGACCCGAAACCAUGUAAUCCACGCACUCAACAGAAACCAAAACGCAGUGGAGGCUUUCCGAAAGUUUUUCUUGGUGGCUUACCAAGUAAUGUGACAGAGACCGAUUUAAGGUCUUUCUUUACCCGUUUUGGUAAAGUUAUGGAGGUUGUCAUAAUGUAUGACCAAGAGAAGAAGAAAUCAAGGGGAUUUGGCUUUCUCAGUUUCGAGGAUGAAGAUGCAGUGGACCGAUGCGUAGCGGAGCAUUUCGUCAACUUGAAUGGAAAACAGGUUGAAAUUAAACGCGCAGAACCAAGAGAUUCUUCUAGCAAAAUGAAUGAUAGUCAUCAAGGUCAGUGGGGACCACCUCAACAAGGUGGACCUCCAAUGGGAAUGGCUGGGAAUAUGGGACCUAUGGGUGGUCCAAAUGGACAGAUGAGUGGACCUAUGAUGGGAGGUCCAAUGGGUCCACCAGGAAAUAUGAUGCAGCAAUAUCAAGGUUGGGGUACCAGUCCUCAAACUGGAGGAUAUGCUGCUGGAUAUACUCAGUAUAAUUCUCAGGGCUGGGGUGCACCACCUGGCCCUCCUCAGCAACAACAAAUUCCACCACCACCACAUCAUCAAUGGGGUAGUAGUUAUAAUGUUCAACCUGCAGCAGCUACUCAAGGUUAUGGAAGUUAUGGUGGGCCGGCAGCGGCCGCUUCAGGGGGCUAUGGGCCCACAGCGGGCACUGGCGGGGCUGCGGGGGGCGGGCCCGGGGGUUCUUGGAACUCCUGGAAUAUGCCACAAAAUGGGCCCCCUCCUGGGACUCAGCCACCACCUCAGCCCCCUCAGCCUAAUUCCUCGCAGCCCAACUCCAACUCGAACCCCUCUGGCCCGCAGGGUGACAUGUAUUCACGACAGACCACCGGCUCAGGUGCACCUGGGUCCAGUAGCAGUUCAGCUAAAACUCCGGAUUAUACUGGGUACUCUGCAUAUGGUAAUUACGCUGACACCAGUUAUCCUCAGCGUUCGUAUCAAGGAGGAGAAAGCAACCAAGGCACCGAAUACGGACCUCCGAGACUAGGAAGCGUUCCUGCUGCCCCAGGAACCAACGACAGCUACGGUGGCGGUGGGCCCCAAAGGGGUUACACGGGAUCCUCAUCCAGCUCCAACAAUUACCAUCCUUACCGCCGCUAGAGAUGGAUAAAAAAAAAAAAAAAAACGUAUCGAAUUCUCGCCGUAUGCGCGAGGAUUUUUCCUUUUUUUUUUUUUUUUCUUUUUUUCUUUUUACUUAAUCAUCGAUCAGUCGCUGCAUCGUACAUGUUGCGUUUUUUACACUACACUCGCAUAUCCACUACACGCGUAUGCAUUCUAUUCUCCGUCUGUGUGCGCGCGCAAGAGUGCGUGUGAGUAUGGAUGAAAGAAAGAAAAAGGAGAGCCAUCCAAGCGGAGCAAAGGAGAUAGAUAAAGAUGAUUUUUGUACUUUUUUUUUGUUUUUUUUUUUAAAUCGACGACAAAGCUCCCCCUUUUAGAACGGUUUGCGUGGAACGUGGCUUGAGAGGAAUGGCGGAGCAUACAGAGCGAGCGUGUGAAACGUAUUCGAAACGGCAAGCUGUUGUGUCCUUUUGCUGUUCUCUUUGCGAUUCGAAUCGAAAGAGCGACGAAAAAGGUCCCCGGAGAUUUUGUUACUGUGCCGGACUCUGCAAGAUAUUUGGAGAGACGGAGGGAGGAGGAGUAUUGGUGGAUCGAAAGAUGAAAUGUCUGUGAAGAUGUCGCGAGAGAUCGUUCGAAGGGAAGAAGGAGACAAAGGAGGAAUCGAGGAUCAAUUCUUACACGCGAUCAACGAAACUUCAGCUUCGACCUCGACGCAAAGAAGAUCGUGAUUCGAUGCUGUUUCUCCAUAACUAGUGAUAGAAACUAGUGUAUACGCUUUAAGGUUACGAUAAGAAGAAUUGCCUAAGAAUUGAUACGAUCGAUUUUGACCAGGCUGUGUUGACCGAUCUGUCGAAUUAAUCUUCUUUUUUUUUUCUUUUUUCUUUUAUUUUUUUUUUCUUUUUCCUUUUUCUUAGAAGAAGACAACUCGUAUGCGUAAAAAAGCUUCGAUCAGAUCGGUCGAGAAUUUGUUUUUUUGUUUUGCGAAUGAGAAAUAAGAAGAAGAAUAGGAAGAAUUUCCAUAAUGAGGAGCUUGAACGAAUGUUAUUUUUUAAACCGUUGAGAAGAUAAUAACAUGGACGUAUAUUAGUGAUUAAUUUGUUCGUCCAAGAUGAUCGUGGGUGUUGUAAGCUUUAGAUUUAAGAAUUUUUUAAUCGUAUCGAUCCAUUGAAAGUCUUCGUUCUAGAAUUAGUGACAAAAAGCGAUCAAGUACUUCAGAAACGUGACUUAUUAAUUUUUUUUGACGCCGUUCUCUUUUUUUCAUUUCCUCCCUUUUCAUUUGAUUCAAUAUAGAAAAAUUAAAACAAGAGGAAAAUUUUUACUUCGAAUCAGUGAUAAAGAAUCAGAAUAUUUGCUAAUAUUUUUUUCUUUAAUUAUUUCGCGACGAAUCAUUAGAGAUAGGAGAGAGAUAGAGAGAGAGAGAGAGAGAAAAAAAAACACGUACAGAAUAAGUUGAUUGUCUUUUUUCUCUUUUUAAUUUGGUAGUCUCGAUCGAUGAUAAUAAAAAUCGUUUAAAAAAUCGACAAAAAACCUAAUCCUUUGUUUUUUUCAAUUUCUGCCGUAGGAAGUUUAUUUCCUAGACGUCCUGUUCAUUUUACUGACUGGAUGACGCGAGGCUUGUGGACUUGAGGUAAAAGAACCGGAAACGCGCGUUUAGCCGCGGUCACCGCUUAACGGGCCGCGAUAAUUAAGGGUUAUGAUAUUUUUCAUAUUAAUUUAAAUAAUUCAAGCGUUAAUUUAAAUAUUCCUUUGUCCUUAAUUCAAUCUUUUAUCUCCUAUUUUCUUUUUUUUUUUCCUCUUUUGUUUUCUUUCUUGCGUUUGCAUCUGUAAACUUCCAUCUGUCGUGUUUGUUGUAUAACGGUUUGCAUAUUAUAUAUAUAUAGAAACCCUUUUCUUUUUUAUUUCGAGUUUUUACAAAUUGUACGAAUAUAUAUGUCGUACGACAUAUCGAACGAACGAAACGAAAUGAAUUAUUCUGUGCGUGACAUUGGUGUAUAUAUAUAUAUAUAUGAUGUAUGUGUAUAUACAUAUAUAUACAUAUAUAUAUAUGGUAUGUUGUUAAGAAUAAUCCCAAUCCUCGUGGAUUUCGGUGAUAAUUAUUCCCCGCGUAUCGAAUUUAAAUAAGUUUCGUGCGUUGCGAUAAGAGAUGUGAAUAAAGAAGAAUAUAUAUAUAUAUUUUUCACGGUUCGAGGGCGAGAAGAAGAAACACAGUACGGAAAGGGGUAAACGAAUUAAUUAAAGAAAAAAAAAAAAAGUAACUCCAUUUCAUGCGAGCCGGUAGCUUCGUCCAUGUUUAGAAUAAUAUGUAAAUUAAAGGGUUUAAAAAAUAAGUAGAUAUUAUUUACAUAAGCGCAAUUAACAAAUUUGUAUUUAUUAAUUGUACGCGCCUGAGAGACUUUUGUAUCCAAAACGUGUAUAUUUUUCGUAUCAUCUGGUCAUCAAAAUGGUCACGAAAAGGAGAAGUGAUCAUAAAAAAACGAACAUUGAAAAAGUGACGAAACACAGUAUGAACGUUUUCCUCGAUGUGAUGUCGGUAUUCUUUUUUUUUCUUUUUUUUGAAAAUAUAAGGAGAAAGAAGAGAAGAGAAUAUAAAGAUGUUAUUAAACAUAUAUUGUUAUUAAACUUCUCGUCUUUGACACACGAGUACUUGUUCGCGAUACAAUGAAAACACGCAUGGCAACUUCUUUCUCUCGUAUGUAGACAUUUGAUGAGGCGUUGAGGAAAAAAAAAACGAUUAACAAACAGCAAGUCUGACAUUUUACGAACGUGUGAGAAUGGAUGAAGCCACGAGCUAUAGUCAUAUCGCUCGUUGUGUAAUGAUAAUAAUAAUUAAUUACUGAUAGCACUUAAUUGUAAUGUUAAGGGUUAAGAAGUCCGACGCGAAUUUAUAUCCCCUGUCCACCGUACGAUUUGUACAAUUCACUCGAUAACUAUUGUGGCUAAUUAAUUGCCAUUGACGGAUCCUGUUUUUACCAUUGCCGCUGAUAACUAUUAUGGAUUAAUUAUAAUGAUAAUAAUUAGAUGAGAAUGAUGGCGAUGAUACAAUAAUAGAUAGAAUAUCGUUCAUAAUAUUUUGUUAUAAAUUGCGAAGGUGGAAGCAACAAGAAAUGCAUUCUUUUAUAGCAUAGAAGCAAAUGAAUAUUCCGUAUGGAUAAAUAAACAUUCACAUUUUAAUAGAA